AUGAAGUCAGUCGCUGCCGGAGUGCUCUCUCUUGCGGCUGCCGUCUCGGCGCAGCAAGCUCUGUACGGUCAAUGCGGUGGACAGGGCUGGACGGGACCCACGACCUGCGUGGCCGGCGCCGUAUGCCAGUAUUCCAACGCCUGGUACUCGCAGUGCGUUCCCGGCACCGCCGCGCCGACGACCACCUCCCGGACCAGCACCCUCGCCACCUCCACCGUCCGCACCUCGAGCUCCUCCUCGGUCCGGACCUCCUCGACCGCCGCGCCGCCCGCGACCGGCACCGGCUUCGCCAAGGCCGUCGGCACCAAGUUCAACAUCGACGGCGUGACCAAGUACUACGCCGGCACGAACUCGUACUGGAUCUCCAUGCUGAGCUCCUCGCAAAACGCCGACGUCGACCUCGUCAUGGGCCACCUCAAGUCCUCGGGCCUCAAGAUCCUGCGCAUCUGGGGCUUCAACGACGUCAACUCCAUCCCGUCCAACGACGUGUACUUCCAGUACCUCAGCGCGUCCGGGUCGACCAUCAACACGGGCGCGAACGGGCUGCAGCGCCUGGACGCCGUCGUCGCGUCGGCGGAGAAGAACGGCAUCAAGCUCAUCAUCAACUUCGUCAACAACUGGAACGACUACGGCGGCAUCAACGCCUACGUCAACGCCUUCGGCGGCGACCACAACGGCUGGUACACCAACACGGCCGCGCAGACGCAGUACAAGAAGUACAUCGAGGCCGUGGUGAGCCGGUUCAAGUCGAGCACCGCCAUCCUCGCGUGGGAGCUCGCCAACGAGCCCCGCUGCCAGGGCUGCAGCACCAGCGUCAUCUACAACUGGGCCAAGACGACGUCGCAGUACGUCAAGAGCCUCGACCCCAACCACAUGGUGACGCUCGGCGACGAGGGCAUGGGGCUGCCCGGGGAUACCUCGUACCCGUACCAGUACUCUGAGGGAACCGACUGGGUUGCCCUCUUGAACAUCACCACGCUCGACUUUGCGACCUUCCACUUCUACCCCAACUCAUGGGGACUCGGGUACGAUGCGGGCAGCAAGUGGGUGACGGACCACGCUGUUCAGUGCGUUGCGGCAAACAAGCCAUGCUUCUUUGAGGAGUACGGCACCCCCGAGCGGCACUGCGAGCUGGAGAGGCCGUGGCAGAUCACGUCGGCCACGACGGCCGGCAUGGCUGGCGAUGCUUUCUGGCAACUCGGCGACACCAUCAGCACUGGACAGACUCACAACGACGGCAACACUAUCUACUACGGCACCGACGAGUGGACUUGCUUGGUCACGAACCACGUCGCAGAGAUUAGCUGA